UGUUUUUUUUUUUUUUUUUUUGUUUUCUUUUAGGGUUAGCGUAGCUUUGCCUCAAAGUUUGAAGAUAAUUUUGGAUUUGGUUUCUUCUCUGCAACUGAUUUUCAAUCUUUUCGCUUAAUUAAUCAUCUGGGUUUCAAAUCCCAAUCAUUUUCCUCUCUGGUGACCAAGUAAUUGGGGAAUAAAAAAGGUCAGGGCUUUAUUAAGCUCGAAACAAUUGUUCUUCACUCUGGCCGCUUCUGCAAAGUCGUGUGCUUCUCGCACCUCGGCGCAGGUGUGGGGUGGCCUUGAAGUGCUGACUUCACUCUCUCUUCCAAGGAUUUCUCUAGCUUCCAUCAUUUGGAGGCUCCGUCGUGUUUCUGAGGGUCUUACCCUUGAUUACGGCUAACAUUUACUACGCCCACAAUACCACCACCUCUAAAGCUUUUAUAACAACUUUCUAUUCGUGCAAAAACAUAACUUGGAUCUUAGUUGUUUCUAGUUGUUGCUUGUAAAUUAAAGAACAGUUUUUGUGGUUUGGUUUUGCUUGUUUUGUUUCCUUUUGGUGAUGUAGUUCCAUGUUAUUAAGUUUGACACAAUGGUCAGGUUUUCAUGCUUCAACACUCACAUCCACCGCCAUAGACCUAAGAAAUCUGUUGAAGGAUUUUCAGAACGAGUGAUCAAAGAAGAUGGGUCUAGAUCAAAAGGAUUGAGCUCAAUUAUAUUUGGGAGAAAUAUUGCUUCUAUUAGUGAAAACAGCAAGCCAGCUGGCUCUGUCGCUAUUGAGCGGGUCUGGAAAUCUGAGGAAAUUAAGCCCAGUGGUAUUCUUGAGCAUGAUAUUGGGACGCAGCAGGUACGGCAUCUUAAGAAAAGUCAAUCUCAUGGAAAUGAACUAUACUUGGAUGGGCGGGAUGCCACAGAGAACGGAACAGACGAUGGAUCAGAUCGAAUUACUUCUCCAAAUUCUCUUGAACAACAGAGUGGUACUCAUGAGGCAGGCAGCAGCAAGCGUGUAGAUGGAAGUCCUAAUCUGUAUCAGCAAGCUCCUCGAGCUUCAGUUUCUGCUUAUCAGGGUUCAAAUCAGGCACUCUGUGGGUCUAUUUUCUCGGUUGGAGAUCUUCAUCAUACUGAUAAAGACAGCCGUCAACUCGAUGAUACAUCCUUAUAUGGUGAACAGAUGGACAACUCAAACAGCCAAACACCUCAUGAUUCACCUUUGAUGGUGAGGUCGAAUUCAAUGCCUAAUAUUGCUGACUCUUCAUCAGAGAAGUCUUCACCUUUCAAAUAUUCUUCUCACCACUCUAGAUCCUCUGAUGACCUUCGUACUCUCGACAUGCGCCAAACAGAUAAAUCUGUCCAUGAGACUGAUGAAGAGGUGAAGCAAGAGCAAGAUCAAGAUCGGGACUACGAUAUGCAUAAUUCUGGAGAUAACAACAAGGAAAAUCUCGUGGAGGAUGGAUAUGAUGAUGCAUAUGAUUAUUCUUCUUUGGCAAAAGAUUGGAUCGUACCACCAACAGAUGAGCUUAAAUUUACAAAGUUCCUUGAAGGAGAAACAUCAAACCAGCAAGCAGAAUUUUCGGGAAAGGAUUCUAAAUUCAAGCGUAUCGAGGAUUGGGUCAAUGACCUUCGGCAUGUAAACUUGUCUGAGGAAGCUGAUGAAAUAACAGGGUACGACGAUGAUUUGCCAAGAGAACCCGUCGUGUUGAAUGAGCCAGUAACAGCUUCUGCUAAAGUGGAUGCCAUCAAGUUAACUCCUGGAUUGGAAGCUGCGAAAAAGUAUAUAUCCUCUCUAAGUGCUUCUGCAACCACAGCCCAGCUGGUUAGUCAUGGUCUGGUUGUGAUACCAUUCCUCAGUGCAUUUGUUGGUCUGAGAGUUCUCAAUCUCUCAGGAAAUGCUAUAGUUAGAAUAACCGCUGGUGCUCUUCCUCGAGGACUACAUGCAUUGAAUUUGUCGAAGAACAGUAUCUCGGUGAUUGAGGGUUUACGUGAACUCACUCGGCUUCGAGUAUUAGAUUUGAGUUACAACCGAAUACUGAGACUUGGUCAUGGUCUGGCUUCUUGCUCCUCUCUGAAAGAACUAUACCUAGCUGGGAACAAAAUCAGCGAAAUCGAGGGUCUUCAUCGUCUCUUGAAAUUGACGGUCUUGGAUUUACGCUUCAAUAAGUUUUCAACCACCAAAUGUCUUGGCCAGCUGGCUGCAAAUUACAGUUCUCUUCAGGCUAUAAGCUUGGAAGGUAACCCUGCACAGAAGAAUGUUGGUGAUGAACAACUGAGAAAGUACCUUUUGGGACUUCUGCCAAAUUUGGUAUACUAUAAUAGACAAGGCACUAAAGAUGCUCGGCUUGGAGCAAGCACACAUCAGCUGGACCGAGGUCUUAGAUCAGAGCUCAAAAACAGUAGCCGGAAGAGUAGCCAUGGUGCAUCCAGUUCUCACAAACCCGGAUCCUCCACAGCUCGUAAAGCAGCAGCUUUGCAGAAACGGUCUAAGGAGAGAAGCAGCCGUCUUCCACCUGUGGGACACAAAAUAUCUCCAGCUGCUUACGAGAAUUAUCACGUUGCUACUGCUGAUAGAUUGACUAGUCUGAGAUCUGAGCUCUCUAUGCGAAGAAGUCGAAGUGAAGGAACACUCGGACCUAUCUGAUCUCUCUCUCCCUUUCAUUGGCUGUGAUUUCCUUUGCGAGGUAACGAUGAAGAUGUGAUAGAUAUAUAUACUUUCUUCCCUUUAUUCAUCUUCUUCAUCUUUGUGUUUUUGUUGUUGUGCAUUACCAUUUACAUCAGAAGCUUCGAUUCUUUUAGCUUCUCAAUAAUGUCUGAAAUUGGAAACCAUGAUAUACAUUCUUUUCAGCACAGUCUGAGAUAUAUUGCCAACAGACUUUGAAUCU